UUAAUAGUUCCGCCUCGGGGCUGUUUAAACAGGAGUUUGGUGGCGACCAGUCAGCCAGCGGCAGGUCACAUGUUGCAGCGUCAUUGUGUAGUAAAGUUACUGUAGUUGCAAAGAGGCUCCUCAUUUCAGCUCCAGAGGUCUCCCAUCAUCCUCUUCCUCCUCCUCCCCGCGGUGCUACUGCUGCCGCUGCAGCGUUUCAGCAUGCGACAACUUCAGUUUCAGACCAUCUCCACAGGAGCCGCGCAGCCAUGGGAGUGCAUUACCUCAGCAGCCAUGCAAUUUCCACCAUCAAUAAUUUAAUCUAUUUGCUCCAAAGCUGAAGAGAUAUCCUGAAGCUGGUCGGGGGAGAGCACACAGAGAGGGAAAUAUCGCGAAAGUAAAAUUACUCAGGGAGUUGUCCAAAACAUCCCAGAUGACACUACUGUCCUGUUGAAUGGUCUGUUUUACGACUGGGCAGUGAAAGUUCCACCAGGUUAGAAGAGUGAUGACCAUCCUGUUCCUUACUAUGGUUAUUUCAUACUUCAGUUGCAUGAGAGCUGCGCCCCUGAGAGACGCGAUGGGCAUGCGGGGCCAUCGGACAGAAGGCUACUUGGGCGCCGCUGCGACGGCCAUACGAGGCCACGGGACUCCUCAGAGUGGCGGUGGGCCGGGCCAGCGCAAGGAGCUGCCCUCGCUCACAGACACAUUUGAGCAAGUGAUAGAGGAGCUGCUGGAAGUGGAGGGGGAGGCGGCGCAGCUGGGACAGGGGGCCGAUAAGAGCCAGGGAGGUGGGGGCCCGUCCUCUUUGGUCACGGCAGACCCCAAGGAUGUCGACCUGUACGACUCGAGGGUGAUGAUCAGCAACCAAGUGCCUUUGGAGCCGCCGUUGCUCUUUCUCCUGGAGGAAUACAAAAACUAUCUGGAUGCCGCUAAUAUGUCCAUGAGGGUACGGCGACACUCAGAUCCUUCCCGGCGCGGAGAGCUCAGUGUGUGUGACAGUAUUAGCCAGUGGGUGACAGCUGUGGAUAAAAAGACGGCAAUAGACAUGUCUGGGCAGACAGUUACCGUCAUGGAAAAAGUCCCUGUCCCCAAUGGCCAACUGAAGCAAUACUUUUAUGAGACCAAAUGCAACCCCAUGGGGUACACAAAGGAGGGCUGCAGAGGAAUAGACAAGCGGCAUUAUAAUUCCCAAUGCAGGACAACCCAGUCCUACGUGCGAGCGCUUACCAUGGAUAGCAAAAAGAAGAUUGGCUGGCGGUUUAUAAGGAUAGACACUUCAUGUGUAUGCACAUUGACCAUUAAAAGAGGGAGAUAGUGUAUAAAAUGUAUAGAUUUUAUUGAAGAGUUUAAAAAAGAGAAUAAAGAGAAAAUAUCUAUUUGUAUAUAUACAUAACAGGGUAAAUUAUUCCGUCAAAUGAAAAUUUUAUGGACUGCAUGUAAAAAAAGAUGAAGUUUAUACAGUAAAAGUGAUACUACAGUCUAUUUAUUGAACAUAUUCAUGACCUUGUAAACAAUUAAAAAAAAUCUGAUCAGUCAUUUGCGCCCAGUUUAAAUUACUAUAUCACAUUCCUCAAGACAUUGUGAUUUGUUUAUGUUGCCAAGAAUUAGAAAAAUGAAGGGAAACACACAGGCAAGGAAUGAGAGAGGACAGUUCCAUCUUCAAAAGCUUGCAUGCUGCUUCAAUUGUGAAUCAAGAAAUUCUCCACUUACAAAAAAGGAUUCAAUGCUGACCAAAAAACAUUCCGUUUACAUAUUCAGCAGAAAAACAAUCUUCCUCUCAAGUAAUUUAUCUGUUUACUGUUCUAAACUUCUCAAGGUAAUGUUGGAAUUACAUACUAUGUCAAGGUGCUGUUGUCAAAGCUUUGCUGUUUAUUUUUUUAUCCCCACCAGAGGACAAGAUAUAUAAAAAAAAAAUAUAUAUAUAUAUAUAUAAAAUCUAUUCAUUGACAUGUUUCUUGGUUAAUAUUAUUCAUUUUGUAUGUUGUGAAGUUGUUUGCAAUAUUA